AUGGAGGACAAGAAAGGGGCCAGCGCCGGGGUCUUGGCUGCCAAGACGGCGCCGUCCCGUUCCUCUCGGGAGGAGACAGGGGACCAUUCUCCAGACGACCCCCACGGCCAAGCAUUUUCCGGGAACCCUAGCCAAGAGCUUCCCACCAACACGGAUGAUGUCGCGGCCGACGCGAUAGAAGCCAACGAACCCAGCAGCCAUGACGACGACGACGGCCGGACCAAGCAAGAGCAAGAUGGUGCUGCCGCCAGCGAUGAGGCGCCCUACACCGUCUUGACGCUGAAUCAGAAGCGGCUGAUGCUCUUGAGCGCCUCCUUCAUCGGCGUCAUCAGCCCCUUGACGGGAUCCGUCUAUCUGCCGGCCCUGAACGACAUAUCCAAGGAUCUCGGAGUGAGCAUCUCGCUCGUCAACCUUACCAUCACCACGUACCAGAUCUUCCAGGGGCUGGCGCCUUCAGUAAUCGCCUCGCUGGCCGAUACGCGCGGCAGGCGGCCGGCUUACAUGGUGUCUCUGGGCAUCUAUCUCGUCGCAAACCUCGCCCUGGCUCUGCAGUGGAGUUACCCUGCCCUCCUAGUCCUGCGCUGUGUGCAGUCGGCCGGUAGCUCUGCUACCAUUGCUUUGGGAUCCGCAGUAGUGAGUGACAUGGUGACGAGGGCGGAGAGGGGAAGCUACAUCGGAUGGACGUCGCUCGGCAUGUCACUUGGGCCCGCGCUCGGACCGGUGUUUGGCGGACUGCUGAACGGGUACGCAGGCUGGCACAGUAUCUUCUGGUUCCUCCUGGCAUUCGGCGGCACCAUGCUGAUCGUCUUGCUCUGUUUCGUGCCCGAGACGUGUCGUGCCGUCGUGGGUAACGGAUCCGUGCGGCCCCAGAAAUGGAACCUUACUCUGAUGCAGUGGUGGCGUGCCAGGAAGGGUACCACGCACGUUCACCAGGAGAGGAUGGAAACGAUUACGAAGCCGAGAAGGCGACCUAAUCCGUUCAGUGCACUCAAGAUUCUGCUCGAGCCUGAAGGGGGCAUCACUUUGGGCUGCGGAGCUAUCUUAUAUGCCGGUUAUUUCAUGGUCAUGACGACCCUCAGCGAACAACUCGCCAGCCGUUUCGGAUUGGACUCCGUCAAAGUCGGUCUAUGCUACCUACCGCUAGGCUUCGGCUCCCUGGUCUCGCGGUUCACCGCCGGACAGCUUUUCGACUGGAACUUCCGCCGGCACAGCCGCAAGCUGGGCAUAUCCCUCGAGUUAGCCAAACAGCAGAGCAUAGAACUCUUCCCCAUCGAGCGCAUCCGCCUCGAGAUCUCCAUCCCUAUGAUCUAUGUCUCUUGCGGCACCGUCCUGGCCUAUGCUUGGACCAUGGAGUCCCAGACCAGCCUGGCUGGUAUCGAGGUCGCCUUGUUCUUCCAGGGGCUCUUUUUCAGUGGCGCCCUGCAGGGCAUGAACACGCUGAUCGUCGACACGCACCAGGACACGCCUGCCACGGCCACUGCGGCGAACAAUCUGUUCAGGUGUCUUUUCAGCGCGGGGGGUACGGCGGUGGCUCCGUUGCUUAUCAAUAAGAUCGGGGUGGGGUGGAUGGGUAUCUUCAUCUCCGGGGUCUGGUUGGCGUUCACGCCUUGUCUGUGGCUUAUCUUUUUCAAGGGCAGCAGCUGGAGGGAGACACAGAGGAAAAGGAGGGAAGCGAAGGACGCUGAAAAGGAAACUGAAGUAACCAAGGUCUAG